AUGGCGGGGCUACGGCGCGCGCUGCGGAGCGUGGCCGCCAUAUGGGCUCUGGCCAUGGUCGCCGCCGUGCCCGUGGCUACGUACACUAGCAUACACUACCUGGACUAUCCGCCAGGUUCCGGCAACCUAUCCAGGGAGUCAGCGUUCUGCGCGAUGCUGACCAUGCCCUCCUGGUACUUGUGUGAGCUGAGCAGUCUACUCUUCUUCAUAUUGCCAGCCUUCAUCAUACUAGGGCUGUACGUGCGGAUGGGGCUUCGCAUUAGAUCAUCAUGCAGCAACGCGGGGAGCCCCGGCACGCUCAACGGCGUCAAUGGCAGCGUGCACGGCGAAGCCAGACAAGCGCAGUCCAGGAAGACCAUCAUUAGGAUGCUAGCCGCUGUAGUGGUAGCGUUCUUCGUGUGCUGGGCGCCCUUCCACUUCCAACGGCUCUUCUACAUCUACGGGAAAGCCACCCCCCACUUCUCGACCAUCAACGAAUACCUAUUCUUCGUCGCUGGCGGACUCUACUACGUCUCGGCCACUGUCAACCCUAUACUGUAUAAUGUCAUGAGUCAUAGGUACAGGAUAGCGUUCAAAGAAACGCUAUGCUUCGGGCGUGCGAGACGCAAGAGCAAGUACUACCGAGAACAUUCCAGCGUUCGGGAGACCACCGUGAACCACACCUCUGACGGAUCCCACCUCGUCAGAGUCCGUUCGCAAAGCCAAGACAGGAGAAACCGCAUCAGCCACAAAGUUUUCCGGCGAUCCAGCUACACCGAGACUUCGUCCACCGACAGAUGGAAGGUCAACUACUUCAAGACCAAGGACUCCUGUCUUCUGAACAGCGCCGAUUCCUCUCCGUACAACAACAAAGAGACCAGGCAGCUCGUCAACGAUGUUAAUAAAAACAGUGACGUCAGUUUUUGAAAGACACCCUGUAUAU